AUGCUCUUCCGAGCUGUGCUGCUCUGUGCCGCUCUGGCGCUCACCCAUGCAGCAAAUCCUUGCUGUUCCAACCCCUGUCAAAACCGAGGUGAAUGUAUGAGCAUAGGAUUUGACCAGUAUAAAUGUGAUUGUACCCGGACAGGAUUCUACGGGGAAAACUGCACUAUACCUGAGUUUCUGACGAGGAUUAAGUUGCUGCUGAAGCCCACCCCAAACACAGUACACUACAUCCUGACACACUUCAAGGGAGUCUGGAACAUUGUCAAUAACAUUCCCUUCCUUCGAAGUUCAAUCAUGAGAUAUGUGUUGACAUCCAGAUCACAUUUGAUUGACAGUCCACCAACUUACAAUGUGCACUAUGGUUAUAAAAGCUGGGAAGCCUUCUCCAAUCUCUCCUACUAUACCAGAGCCCUUCCUCCUGUGGCUGAUGACUGCCCGACUCCCAUGGGUGUGAAAGGAAAUAAGGAGCUUCCUGAUUCAAAAGAAGUUCUGGAAAAAGUUCUUCUAAGGAGAAAGUUCAUCCCUGAUCCCCAAGGCUCAAAUAUGAUGUUUGCAUUCUUUGCCCAGCACUUCACUCAUCAGUUUUUCAAGACAGAUCAGAAACGAGGACCUGGCUUCACCCGAGGACUGGGCCAUGGGGUGGAUUUAAACCACAUUUACGGUGAAACUCUAGACAGGCAACAUAAACUGCGCCUUUUCAAGGAUGGAAAAUUGAAAUAUCAGGUCAUUGGUGGAGAGGUGUAUCCUCCUACAGUCAAAGACACCGAGGCGGAGAUGAUGUACCCUCCUCACACCCCUGAGCACCUACGGUUUGCUGUGGGGCAGGAGGUCUUUGGGCUGGUGCCUGGUCUGAUGAUGUAUGCUACCAUCUGGCUUCGGGAGCACAACAGAGUGUGUGAUGUGCUUAAACAGGAGCAUCCUGAGUGGGACGAUGAGCAGCUAUUCCAGACGAGCAGGCUCAUUCUGAUAGGAGAGACUAUCAAGAUUGUGAUAGAAGACUAUGUGCAGCACCUGAGUGGCUACCACUUCAAACUCAAGUUCGACCCGGAGCUGCUUUUCAACCAGCAGUUCCAGUAUCAGAACCGCAUUGCAGCUGAAUUCAACACACUGUACCACUGGCACCCCUUGCUACCCGACACCUUUCAAAUCGAGGACCAGGAGUACAACUUUAAACAGUUCCUCUACAACAACUCCAUCCUCAUCGAGCAUGGACUCACCCAGUUUGUUGAAUCAUUCACCAGACAGAUUGCUGGCCGGGUUGCUGGGGGUAGGAAUGUUCCAGUUGCAGUAAAAGCAGUGGCCAAGGCCUCCAUUGACCAGAGCAGAGAGAUGAAAUACCAGUCCCUCAAUGAGUAUCGCAAACGCUUCUCCCUGAAGCCUUAUACAUCAUUUGAAGAACUUACAGGAGAGAAGGAAAUGGCUGCAGAGUUGAAAGCCCUCUACAGUGACAUCGAUGCCAUGGAGCUGUACCCUGCCCUGCUGGUGGAAAAGCCUCGUCCAGAUGCUAUCUUUGGGGAGACCAUGGUAGAACUCGGAGCACCAUUCUCCCUGAAAGGACUUAUGGGUAAUCCCAUCUGUUCUCCUCAAUACUGGAAGCCAAGCACUUUUGGAGGAGAAGUGGGUUUUAAGAUCAUCAACACUGCCUCAAUUCAGUCUCUCAUCUGUAAUAAUGUGCAGGGCUGCCCUUUCACCUCCUUCAAUGUGCAAGAUCCACAGCCUACCAAAGCAGCCACCAUCAAUGCAAGUGCCUCCCAUUCCAGACUAGACGACAUCAACCCCACAGUGCUAAUCAAAGGGCGUUCAACUGAACUGUAGAAGUCUAUUGGUUAUAUUUAUUUAUUUAUAUAAACAAUUUAAUUUAAUUAUUUAAUAUUUAUACCGAAUGCUCUUUUCACUUAACAUCUUCUAUAACAGAAGGCCAUGUGUCCUGAGCAAUGUUAGAUUUGUGAAGAUUCCUGUGUUUGUACUUUGGGUAUGUGUUGCCCUCAAGUGAAAGAGAAAAACAGCUUUCACUCUUUUACAUAAACCAGUGGAAAUGAAUUUUGAUAAUUUUUUUACUUGAAUUUCAGCUCAUGGUAUAUCUUUAUAAGAGCAAAGGAAAGAUGUUUGACUACUUAAAUGCUGUUACAAGAUGACAGAUGCUGCAAGUGUCUACACUGUUGACUAUGACUGUAUCUUCCUUGCUACAUACAUUAGGAGCAGCUAAUAUGGAGAUUUAAAGAAGUCUUGCUUAUCUUAUCUCAUCAAACAAAAGGGUCCAAGUCCAGUUUUCAAUGAACAUUUUUGGCAGAUACUGUCAAUGAGUUCAUUUAAAAAGCAGUCUUGAAAUGAAUGGUUUGAAAUUUCUAAAUUGAGAGCUUGAAUCCCCUUUGAAUGCUCUCACUUUCUUAAGCUGUUAAUUUUGGACCCAUACCAAUAAAUCAGCUAUCAUAAACAUAAAUCUCUAAAACUAGUAGAAAUUACAUUAUGAUUACUGGUUAAAAAAAAAAACUAUGUCAGGGAUUUUCUUUUCUCAGUAGGAGUGGAAUGCUACUUACUGUGAUUGGUAAGACCUUCCUUGUAAUUCAAGAUGCCAGUACAGGAAGGGGGUGGAGCUCUUGCUGUUCUAGCUUAAGAGUAUGAUCUUUAAAGAGUUGGGUUACAUGAGUAGUACCAAGCAAAUCUUCAACAACGAAAGAUUUACAAAUAAAAUAACCAAGGACAAAGAAGGAUUCCCAAUUAAAGAUCACAUUUGGGGUUAUGCUUCUGAAAGAGAUGUUUUGAUCCUUGUGUGAUGCUGGCAUGGUACUCAAGAGGUUUUUGCUCUGAGGUCAAUGACUUAGCAAGCUGGACUUAACCCAUUUUUCUCUUGCACAGUAUGAUGUAACAGUCUGUCUCACAAUGUCAAACGUGUAAGUGGCUCUGUGAGCUUCUUCCAAGUGUUGAAAUUUAUUCCUGCUCAUGUUACCUGAAGUGCAGUGGGCCCUGUGCACUGUGUGAGUCCAGCUUGCUGCUCCUCUUAUUUCUUUUUCUUGUCCCUAUUUACUAUGAGAAACUGCUGAUCAAUUUUUUUCUUUGCUGUUUUCCAGAUUUUGGAUUUUUCUUUGCUGUUUUCCAGGCUUUUAAUAUCAGGUCUAUUCUCUCUUUAGCCUCUAUUAACAUUUUCUCUACUUGAAAUUUUACAUUCAGGAAGACCUCAGCUCAGGACUACUAGGUACUCCCGUUUGGAGGAGUAAGUUCAUUUUAGGUGAAAGGCAGGAUUUUUUUUUUUUUACUUAUAAUUAAUUAUACUGAAGGACCCUAUCAAGAUAUGAGUGCCUUA